AACACACUGAAGCUUGAUAUGAUAGCUUCAAUACGAUCGGGGCGUUAUCGUUAUCCAAAGAACAUAUUUGCAACUCGAAGCUUUAGUAAAAGUAGUAUAGAGUUAAAACCCACUACUCCCAGUAAUAUUCCAGGAAAUAGUUCAAAAUCUGUUCUAAUCCAAGACCAAGUAGGAAAUGAGAUUAAACCUAGAAAAUAUUGGAAACAUUUUCUCAAAUCCAAGAGAGAUGAAGCCGGUGUUGCAUCAAGGGUUAGUGUUUUCUUUCAUGAAGUACAAGAGGCUCUUGAUAUUUUCAAUAGUACAAAUCAGUUAGAUUUAGCUGUAAAAGAUCUCGAAAUCCCAAGCGAUCUAGCAGAGCUGUACUCUCAACCAGGCCUGAUGAAUUCUAUUGCUCAUGAAGUUGAAGUUAUUUAUUUGACUUCUAAUGGAGAUGGCCUUUGUUUUGUUCCAAGACGGUCAUACUUAAACGAUCAAGCCCAAGCCGGUCAUACUGUUGUGAGAGUUCCAAAGGCAAUUCCAGGUGAUAUUAUAGAUGUAAAGAUAGGAAGACAUAUGGCUAUACAUUCAGAAGGUGAAUUAGUAAAAGUAUUGAAUUCGAGGUCGAGGCUCACUCGCAGAAAUGAUAGACUUAUAGUCUGCUCCAACUUUGAUCAAUGUUCGGGGUGUCAAUUACAAAUGAUGAAUAAUGAUGACCAGCUUCGCUUUAAGCAAAGCGUCAUUCAAAGAGCAUUUAAAUUUUACUAUCCAUCACUUUAUGAAGAAUUCAAAGCUAAAAGGGCUGACGGAUUUGGGAGCGUUAUGGAUUCUCCGAUGCAAUAUUCUUACAGAACCAAAAUCACUCCUCAUUUCAAACCUAGAAGAGAUGUGAAACCUUUAGAUACAAAAAUUGGUUUUAAUGACAUACAUGACCCUGUUGGUAUUGUUGACAUAGAUCAUUGUCCAAUCGCAACACCUCUGAUCAACCAAGAAUUUCCUAAAUUAAAAUCCAAAGUUCUUGAAGAGUUAGAUAGAGUACAGAUAAAUAAAAUGCUGACCAAGCAACGAAUAAAGGCUAAGAUUAGUCCUACUCUUUUUUUGCGAGACAGCAUUAGACUUGAUCAUAAAACAGGGGAUUUUGAUCAAGUCUGUAUAACAGACACAGGAAAGGUUGUUACUGAAAAGGUUGGGGACUUUGUAUUCCAAUUUGAAGCCUCUGAAUUUUUUCAAAACAACUCUUAUAUCUUACCACAAGUAAUUGAUUAUAUCAAGUAUCAUAUUCACGAAAGUAAUUUAAAUUUCAAAUAUAUAGUUGAUACAUACUGUGGUUCAGGUUUUUUUGGUAUUUCACUUUCUAAAGAGGUUCCCGAGAAAGAUGGAAAGAUAUUUGGGAUAGAAAUUUCCAAAAAGUCUAUUAAGUAUGCAGAGCAUAAUGCAAGCCUCAACGGCCUAAAGCUUCCAGAAAAAGCUGAAUUCAUUGCUGGAAACUCCGAAGAUUUGUUCUCAAAUCAAGUGUUUGCUGAUUCACAAGUGACAGGUGACAAAUCUAUCUUGAUAAUGGAUCCUUCCCGUAAAGGAUCAAAUGAAAGUUUUUUAAAACAACUUCUUAAAUUUAAACCCAUGAUGGUUGUGUAUAUCAGUUGUAACCCUUUCACUCAGGCAAGAGAUUUACAAAUGUUAAAUUUAUUGCAACAAGAUGGGUCUGUACAAUAUGAAAUUCAAGAUGUUGUAGGAUUUGACUUCUUCCCACAAACAAAGCAUGUCGAGUCUGUCGCUAUAUUAAAAAGAAUUAUAUAA